AUGGACAAGGACGAGUACGAGAUGGAGUUUAUGCCCAUCACUGAGCGUACUCCAACCGUGAUCGACGAGCGCGAGAUUGCAUCUCUGGGCCGCAUUGCUUCCAGCAAACUUGGCCAAAAAUUGUCCGCUUCUGCUAGUCGCAAGGACUCUCAAGAUCUAAGGCUAGAUCCCAAUAGCCCCGAGUUUGAUCACCACAGAUGGGCUCAGCAUGUCCUCAGCCAGGUGCAUGAAGCCGGCAUUGAGAUCCCAUCUCAAAGCGUGGUCUUUUCUAAUCUCUCCAUCAGCGGCUCCGGUUCAGCACUACAGUUUCAGGAGACCCUGAUAUCGAGCCUCACUCUCCCAUUUCGGUUCGCCUCUAAAGCCCUCGCGGGUCGUCUAUCCCCUCCGAGGAGAAUUAUACACAGCUUUGAUGGUCUGCUAGAGGGCGGAGAGCUCCUCUUGGUUUUGGGACGUCCUGGAAGUGGCUGCACCACCUUCCUCAAAACCCUUUGUGGACAUUUGGGCGGUCUUACCAUGGAACCCGGCAGCUCAAUUCACUUCGAAGGAAUCGAUUUCGACCAGAUGAUCAAACACCACCGUGGCGAUGUGGCAUACAAUAAGGAAGUCGAUCUGCAUUUCCCCCAUUUGUCGGUGGGCCAGACCCUCUCGUUUGCCGCUUACGCUCGUGCUCCCCAUCAACGCAUCGAAGACAUGACCCGAGAUGAGUACGUGGAGACUUUGACCCAAGUGGUCAUGUCAGUCUUCGGGUUGUCUCAUACCUCCAAUACCAAGGUUGGUAGCGAGUUUGUUCGAGGCGUCAGUGGUGGUGAACGCAAGAGAGUCAGUAUCGCGGAGAUGUUUAUUGCCCGCUGUCGCAUCGGUGCGUGGGAUAACAGUACCCGAGGACUGGACGCCGCUUCUGCUUUGAAGUUUGUCCGGGCUUUACGUCUUGCUGCCGACAUGGGCCAAUCUUGCCAUGCCGUCGCCGCCUAUCAAGCAUCCCAAUCAAUGUACGACCUGUUUGAUAAGGUUGUGGUGCUCUACGAGGGCUACCAAAUUUACUAUGGCCCCCGUGAUCGAGCAGUGGCUUACUUCCAGGACAUGGGAUGGGCCAGACCAGAGCGCCAAGUGAGCGGUGAUUUUUUGACGGCCAUUACCAACCCAAACGAGCGCCAGGCACUUCCAGGAAUGGAAAGCAAGGUGCCUCGCACAGCGAAGGAAUUUGCCGAGCAUUGGAAGCGUAGCCCCGAGUACCAGAGUCUGCGCAAGCAAAUCACCGACUUCGACCAACAACACCCUCCCAAUGGCGAGGAUGCCAGAAAAUUCCAGGAAAGCCAUGUCCACCAACAGGCUAAACACACCCGCUCUCGCAGUCCAUACAUCCUGUCCGUGCCGAUGCAAAUCCGCCUUUGUACUCGAAGAGCCUACCAGCGUAUGCUCAACGAUCUACCCACUGCCUUAUCCCCCCUUAUCGUUCAAUUGAUCCUGUCCUUGAUUAUCGGAUCCGUCUUCUACAACACCCCUGAUACCUCUUCGUACUUUUUCCAAAAGGGCGCAGUGUGCUACUUUGCCGUGCUGAUGAACGCGCUUCUCACAAUUAACGAAAUCAUGCAACUCUACAGUCAACGACCGAUUGUCGAAAAACAGUCUGGGUAUGCCUUUGUCCAUCCGUUCACAGAGGCAUUAGCCAGCAUUAUCGUGGACUUGCCGAUCAAAAUCGUGCGAAUAUCCAUUUUCAGCAUUGUUCUGUACUUCAUGGCCAAUCUUCGUCGGGAGCCAGCUCAAUUUUUCAUCUUCUACUUGUUUCUGAUCUUCGCUGUCUUGACCAUGUCUGGCCUGUUCCGCAGCCUUGGAGCAUUGACCAGGUCGGUCGGUCAGGCGAUGGCACUCGCGGGCAUCUUAGUCCUGUGCAUCGUUGUCUAUACUGGAUUCACGCUGCCAGAGCCUUAUAUGCACCCGUGGCUGUCCUGGAUUCGCUGGAUCAACCCGAUCUAUUACACCUUCGAAGCCCUCAUCGCCAAUGAAUUCCACGGCAAGAACUACCCUUGCACGUCGGUAGUUCCGAGUUAUGGAACGGGCACGUCUUUCAUCUGCUCUUCCCUUGGCGCGGUGGCUGGCGAGAGAUUCGUCUCUGGGGACGCGUUCAUCGAACAGAACUACUAUUACCAUUACUCUCACCUGUGGCGGAACUUUGGAAUUCUUAUCGCAUUCAUGUUAUUCUUCAACACACUCUACUUGGUUGCCACCGAAUUCAUUUCCAGCGACAAGUCAAAGGCUGAGGCCCUGGUCUUCCGUCCCGGCCAUGCCCCGGCACACCUCCAGUCUGGACACGACGCAGAAGGCGGAGCUGUGGCCGUCACUAGGCUUGAACCGACACAAACCAAUGACACGAUCCACCUGCCCGAACAGAAGGACAUCUUUUCCUGGAAGGCCGUCAAUUACGAUAUCCCGGUGAAGGAAGGCACCCGGCGUCUCCUCGACAAUGUCAACGGCUGGGUCAAACCUGGCAGCCUGACUGCACUCAUGGGUGUGUCUGGUGCCGGUAAGACAACUCUGUUGGAUGUUCUCGCCCAGCGGGUCUCCAUUGGUGUCGUAUCUGGUGACAUCCUGGUGAACGGUCAGCCUUUGUUGCCAAACUUCCCUCGUCGCACUGGAUAUGUCCAGCAGCAAGAUCUUCACCUCGAGACAACCACGGUCCGCGAAGCGCUACGCUUCAGUGCCUUGCUUCGCCAGCCAAGGAGUGUCUCCAAGGAGGAGAAGUAUCAGUAUGUGGAGGAGGUUGUCAAGCUCCUUGGCAUGGAAGAUUUCGCCGAGGCGGUUGUUGGAUCUCUUGGGGAGGGUUUGAAUGUUGAACAGCGCAAGCUUCUCAGUAUCGGGGUUGAGCUUGCCGCGAAGCCCACCCUACUGAUAUUCCUGGAUGAACCCACCAGUGGACUAGACUCUCAGAGUUCAUGGACAAUUUGCCAAUUCCUUCGACGACUUGCGGAUCAUGGCCAGGCUGUUUUGGCAACGAUCCACCAGCCCAGUGCCACUCUAUUCCAGACAUUCGACCGUCUACUCUUCCUAGCCAAAGGUGGAAAGACUGUCUAUUUUGGUGACAUCGGUGAACAGUCUUCUACUCUGUUGAAGUACUUCGAGCACAAGGGAGCCCGACCAUGCGAGGAGCUUGAGAAUCCAGCCGAAUACAUCCUCGAUAUGGUCGCCGGAGAAGGCUGCCUUGGUGUUGAUUGGCCCCAGGCUUGGAAUUCGAGCCAGGAAUAUCAAGAUGUCAUCUCUGAGCUCGACCAGUUACAUUCCAUGCGCAAGAACUCUAGUCAUGAUCAACUAUUGGGCGACGAUAAUUCUGAAUUUGCCAUGCCAUUGUCCACCCAACUGGCAGUUGUUCUUGGCCGAUGCUUCCAGGGCUACUAUCGCCAACCUGACUACAUCUAUGCCAAGUUUAUUCUCGGUAUUGCAUCGGGUCUAUUCAUUGGAUUCUCCUUCUGGAAAGCUGAUAACACUCAGCAAGGCUUCCAAAACGUGCUCUUCAGCAUUUUCCUAUUGUGUACUAUUUUCAACACCCUCGUUAACCAGAUAAUGCCUCGCUUUGUCACCCAGCGAUCGCUGUACGAAGUUCGCGAGCGCCCAUCACGUAUCUACUCGUGGAAAGUGUUCAUCCUCUCGCAGAUCCUUGUAGAGGUUCCCUGGCAAGUUUGCCUAGGUGUCUGCUCCUGGGCAUCUUUCUACUGGUCUGUCUUUGGCACCGGUCAAGACUCCGAGAGCCGUGGAUUGAUCAUGCUGUUUAUCGUGCAAUUCUACAUUUACGCGGCCAGUAUGGCUCAAUUUGUCGUGUCCGCCAUUCCAGAGCCCACCCUGGGCGCUAUGCUCGCCACUCUCAUGUUUGGUCUGUCUUUCAUUUUCAAUGGUGUUCUGCAGCCACCCAGUGUUUUACCUCGAUUCUGGAUUUUCAUGUAUCGUGUCUCCCCAUUCACAUACUACAUCAGCGGCAUUGCCGGUACUGCACUGCACGGCCGCAAGGUCGAAUGCAACGCAGCCGAGCUCAGCGUCUUCGAUCCCCCAUCCGGCCAAACAUGCUGGGAUUACAUGGAGAAAUACGUCGACAUGGCCGGUGGCUCAGUAUACAACAAGAAUGCCACGUCCAAUUGCGAAUACUGCAGCAUGAGCUCUGCAGACCAGUAUCUGGCAGCUCGGGAGAUCUACUAUGGUGAUCGAUGGCGCAACUAUGGCAUCUUCUGGUGCUACUUUGUUUUCAAUAUCUUUGGGGCAAUUGCCUUGUAUUAUCUGUUCCGAGUGAGGACAUCCAAGUCGAUGAUGGGGAAGGCUAAGAAGUGA